AUGGCCUGCUUGUUCCAGUGGAAACCUGCGAUUGACUUGCUCAUCUUUUUGACACAGUGUCGCAUUAGGCAGGGGUGGUCGAUCCGCUGCGGGGCCAGCAGAGCUUUCUUGUACGUCGAGAUUGCCUAUUCGUCUAUGGACGCAAGAGUCCUGACGGAUCCAGGCAUUUUCUUGACAUUCAAGUUUACUCUGAGGACAAACUCAGACCCAAGAGAGGUCAGAGACAUUGCUUCAGAUGGGAAGUUCAAUGGCCAGAACGCGGAGCCCAAUAGCUUCCCGCUUGCUCGAGUGCCUCUCUCUGCCGGUACUCAGUUUGAGCUCGCUCUCUUCAAGCCUCGACCCGAUGUCUGGGAUAAACAUGGGGCGAUAGCUUCGAACACGCUGACAGGAGGUGUGACUCUUAGGUCCGUGAUAGCGUUCCUCAACUCGUCCAAAUCCGUUCUCGUGGAUAUCUGUGCGGUGGCUAUCAAAGAGGAGAAGUGCGUCGAAGAGAUACUGGGUCCUCGUUACAUGUCCCUGACGGUGGAGCAGAUCAUGAACCAAGCGCUAAGCUUUUCGGAUGAGCUCCACACAGGGGAUCUUUACAGGCAGGCGCUCCUAGCCUGUCAGUGCCCGGCAGGCCUUCGGAAGUUGAGAUUGGCACUGAGCGAUCUUUGCGAUAGCAUCGAUAAGGAGAUCACAAUGCUGGCAACACAGGAGCAGAAGGCUGACGAAGAGACUUGA